CCUUUUUCUCUUCCACUCCCCACUCUCCACCCCAAAUAUUUGUGGGUGUUCGCUUAUCCUCGUUCUUCUUCAAAUGUCUUCAUUUAUAUUUUUCCCCUAAUUUCAUAUGUUUUAUUUUCCCUAUCAAAAUAAUUUUAAUACAACGUCGGCAAUUCCGUUAUUCAAUUGUAUUAUUUUAUAAUUGGGGUAACAACUUUAGACAAGAAGAGAAUACCAUUUUUGUUGGGUUAUUGUUAGAAAGUUUAGUAAUUAUUGUCUUUUGUCAUAAUGAGAAAAUAAUUAUAAUAUUGUUGUCAAAACCCUGUUACCUCAAAUCGAGUGGGAUGAUACCGCGUAAAAUUGUCUUCAUUUUGAUACACGUGGCUGGAGGGACAGACAACUGAGAUGUGAUAUUCUCUACCCCUUCCUACGAUACUAAUCGAGAACAUUUUUGAUUAUGCAACAAAGAUGAAUUUUCGGUGUCGAACUAUACUUGUCGGGAGAGAUAGGUCAAAAGCAACCGGAUUGUUGUGCGGAGCAAUAAUGACCGAUCAUUGGGAAGAAGUUGGAUGGAAUAAAGAAGCCCUAAUUCAUGUUAAUGUUAGUCUCACAUGGUACUUGGAUGGUCAAGUGGCAAUGCUGGAGGCACCAAAGGCUCACAGGAAUCAUCAUCACGGUAGACAUGGAUCUUUUUUGGUACCAAUGCACGGUGGAAUUUGGACUAUGUGUGUCUCGUUAUCGGAAGACGAAAUACGAUUACUGGGUCAGGUAGGGUUUCCUCAAGAAAGGUGCAUUAAUUACUUGACACCUGACGAGGCACACGAAGAAAUUCGCGCUGCAUGGCAGAAUCAUCGACUACGUUCUAUGGACUUCAAGCGUACAGGAAUGCAGAAUUUAAGUAUUUCUUGUUCUCUCGUUUGCCUGAUUAUUCUUGGCACCGCUGUGCUAAUAGGAUUUUUUGGAUUGUGCAGACAUCAAAUAUCAGCUGUUCUCGUUACUGGAGUCAUGUAUUUAUUGGCAGCAACGUUCGCGCUCUUCACAUUAACCAUCAUCCACUUCAAGAGAGCUCAAGAUCGUGAUGUUCGCAUAUUUAAUGGUCCAGAAGAUGGUGUGAUAGGUGGUCCAGUGUCACGUGCUAUAUUAAAAGCACGUCGUUUUACAACUUCUUGGAGCAUGGAUUUCGGAUGGGGUGGAGUGACCCUUUGCGCUCUCGCAUCAGUUGCUUGGAUUUUGCUUAGCAAGAUAAUGCGUUUUAGUCCAAUCGCAGCCAUGAUCGCGUAGCAGUGGGAGGCCUUCGAGGUUUAAGGUCAUUUAAUGUCUGGUGUCUAUUGCGAUAGAGGAUUUUUGGAUGAAGUAUGAGAAGUCUUAAAACAACGAAGGAAGUAAUCUUUUGCUUGAGAUACAUCGAACCCAGGAAAGAAGAAUAUAAAAAAGAUUGUACAUACUUGCGUAUUUCUUUUUAAGUGUUAUUUCAAUCAAGCACGCAUAUAAUAUAUGUGAUCAAAAAGAAAUACGUUAGAUACGAUGAUGAUGAUGAUGAUGAUGAUGUAUAGGAUAAAUUGUUGAAUCUCUAAAGUGUAACUAUGAUCUGACGAUUUGAAUAUUGUGAUUGAGUGAAAUCGUCUGAUUAAGUUUUGUAGUAAGUCGAUGACCGAACAUUUUUAUAAACCUUAUAUAUUCAUUACGGAGUAUCGACUUGCUGCUUCACUUAUUCGAAUUUGUUUGUUUGUUUUUUUUUUGUUAUUUUUGAAAGCUUUUGUAUUUAAACGACGAUAUUGUAGGGGUUGUUAAUGUAACGUUGCAUAAGGGUACGCAAGUAUUUAUGAUCAUAGUUGUAGUGUUUCGAUCUUUGCAGUAUUUGAACGUCAAGUUGGCAUCCGUUUUGAAAAAUCUCUAUCGAGUUACAUGAAUAUUCAAUGAAAUUGACCAUCUCGAAGGCAUUAUCAAUUUCUCUACAGAAAGAGUAAUUUAAUUUAUGUACGCAUGAGAAGGGUGGUACAAAUUGUACUUAAGUUUAAUCUUUACCAAACACAUGACAGAAUAGUUACGAUUGUGACAGUUAGAUAAUAUUCUAAAUACGAUGUUUUGUACCUGUUAAGAAAAAUCUCUAUUGUUCUAGGUCGCUUAUUUCGACACGAGUAAAUACUGAUUGGAAGGAUUCGUUUGACGUAGAUACUACCUAGAGAUCAAACUUAGUUUUCAUUAUCGUUAAUAAUGCUUAUACAGAUUUGCGUUAAAAGAUAGAAAAAUAUACAAAGAUAGAAGAAUAUUACACAUUCAGUAUAGAAUUUCUGACUGAAAGAAGAAACAGUAUUUGACUUUGUAUUUUAGCUUUUGUUAACAGUCAAAUUAUGUCAUAUUGCAAGAAACAGUUACUCAAAGAAUAUAAAUUGUAGAAUAUUUAAUAGAUAUAUUGAAAAUCCGCUUAUUAUUUGAUAAAGCUUCAAAAGCUUGAAAAUAUGGUAACUGUUUCUGGUAAUCUAACUUUAGUCAAUUAAAAAAAAAAAAAAAAAGAAAAAAGGCGUAUUGAAGAGUA